AUGGUGUCGCGCAAGAAGUUCAUGAAGCUGCUUGUGGAACCGGAGACAUUCUUAACGUUGAAAAUAAAAUAUUCUGGAGACGUGGCCAAGGUGGAGAAGAAAGGCACGUUGGAAUACCGAAGCAUGCAUUCAGCGUACCACAUCACAGCCUCUAUGGACUGGGAACAUUCUGGGUCUGUAGAUAGCUUAAAUGUUGCGUUCCCCACGCAUUCAUUGCACAGGCGUAAAGGAAGAGAGGAGGGUUAUCAGGUUUUGGUUGGUGCUGGUCAAAUAUGUCAUGUUUGUACUGCAGUUUUGGUGCACAAAAUAAACCUGGUCCUGGUUCUGAGCUUUAGCGGUUGGGAAGUUGAAGAAGGUAAUCACAAAGGUACAAAGAAAGACAAGAAAGAUGAGGUUAUUGGAAGGCAUGGUUCUGUUCAUGUUCAACGAUGGAUGGUUUGA